CGGGAACCGGGCUGGGUGGCGGAGCUGAGGCACAGAGCGGCUGCUUUCGGGCGGAAGGUCACGUGCGGCGUCCCGGUGCCGGGAAAGGAGACGACCCGCCGCAGUCGAAGAGGCGCAGCCUUCCUGCAAGCCGAGAACGGUUGUUGCUGGCUUGGUGGUACAGGUGUGUAUCCCUGCGACUCUGGAGGCCACAGCAAGAUCAAAAGUUCAAGCCUAUCUGGGCUACUUAGCAAGGUCACAGGCAGCACGUUGAUAGUGAAUUCCUAAGAAGAAAAUAUGAGCUGCGUAUUGGUUGUUCUUUAAGUGUUUGGAGUCAAAGGUAUACAGAUUUGUUGCCAAGGCCGAAGAAGAUGGCAACCCCUUACGUCCCAGUUCCUAUGCCAAUAGGAAACUCUGCUUCCAGUUUUACAACCAACAGAAAUCAAAGGAGUUCUUCCUUUGGUAGUGUCUCCACUAGCUCAAACUCGUCCAAAGGCCAGUUAGAAGACUCGAAUGUGGGUAAUUUUAAGCAGACGAAUGUUCAGGAUCGGAUGGACAGUACAUCGUCGGUCUGUGGCAGUCCUCUCAUUAGGACUAAAUUCACUGGUGCAGAUUCAUCCAUUGAAUAUUCUGCUAGACCAAGGGACACUGAAGAUCAGCAUCCUGACGCAGUGAAUUGGGAAGAGAGGCCUUCUACGCCUACAAUUCUGGGUUAUGAAGUUAUGGAAGAGCGAGCCAAAUUUACUGUAUAUAAAAUACUAGUAAAGAAAACCCCAGAAGAAAGCUGGGUAGUUUUCAGAAGAUACACUGACUUCUCUAGGCUUAAUGACAAAUUGAAAGAGAUGUUUCCAGGCUUUCGAUUAGCACUUCCUCCAAAACGCUGGUUUAAAGAUAAUUACAAUGCUGAUUUUCUAGAAGAUAGACAAUUAGGAUUACAAGCAUUUCUUCAAAACUUAGUAGCUCACAAGGACAUUGCUAACUGCCUUGCAGUGAGAGAAUUUCUUUGUCUGGAUGAUCCACCAGGUCCAUUUGAUAGCCUAGAAGAAAGCAGGGCAUUCUGUGAGACUCUAGAAGAGACUAACUACCAUUUACAGAGAGAGCUGCUGGAAAAGCAAAAGGAGAUAGAAUCCCUGAAGAAACUAAUCGGGGAAAAGCAGCUUCGCAUAGACGCAUUAGAGAACAGAAUGAGAACAUUGUCCUUAGAACCUGAAGCGACACUCUAUCUGUCAGGAGCAGAAGGUGGACAGAUCCUAAGGGUGGAGUCCUCUGUACUUCAAGUCAAUCGGGAUGUCUUGGAUGAAGACUCUAGAGCUAAUAGUACGCCACACUUCAACUCUAGAGAAGCUAGAAGUGUCAUAGCAGACAUAGAAGUUGCACAGUUGGCAUAUAAUGUUGAAGAUGACUAACACACUGGUGACAGUUCCUUCCAUUUCAGCAUUUCAGCAGAUUUGCAGCGGAGUGGCAAAUACCACUUAAAAGACUGACACAGAAGAGAUCAACAGUGCACGUGUAUAAAGUUUACAUAAAGUGUUUCUUAAGUUAUUCGAAUAAGAACUAUAUUCACUGCUACUUUUAACUGUCUUUUAUCCAGCAUUUUAUUUACUAUACUGGAAAAAAAAAAACUAGUUAGAAUUGUUAUCAGGGCCCAUAUUCUUAAAUACUUUACAUAAAUUAUUACAGUGUCUUGCCUGUAUAUUGCUCCAAACUACUCUGUGUGUGUGUGUGUGUGUGUGUGUGUGUGUGUGUGUGUGUGUGUGUGUGUGUGUGUGUGUGUGUGUGUGUGUGUAAUCACCAGUUAUAUUGGGUGAAAACUAAUUGCAUGCUAGAAUUUGGGUAAUGUUUCUAUCUCAAACAUAAUAUAGGUUUAAAUCAGUGAACACCAUAGGGAAGAUAAAGAUGAAUCCAGUUUAAAAUGUUGCCAUGUCUAUCAUCUCUAAAUAAAAAUUGCUUAUUUGAAAGGUUAGUACUACUUAAAAGAAAAUGACUUUGUACAGCCAAAGAUAAUGUGUUGUGAAGAGCUGUAAUUAGAUAGGCAAAAUGAUAAAAUAGCCUUGAUUUAAAUGAUGAUUAAUGUCAAGAUACUUAUUGUAAAUGUCCUGAUUUAUUAAUAUCUUAUACUUGGAUAUUUUCUGCAUAAUCUUCAACUCAAUUCUCUACCCAUAGAUUCAGUGGGGUUUGCCUCAUUCAGAACACUACCUCUUUUGCUAAUCAAGGCAUAUUCUUUUCAAAAUAUAUUACAGUUUUGAGGCAAGUGAGUUACAGAAAAAGAAAACAAAAUAAACAUAUAUACUGCAAAGUUCCCAAGUAGCUUGGCUUCUGGUGUUCCAUUUGUAUUUCUGUGUAUGUGAAGAUGUUAUGCUGUAUUAUGGCUGAUUUUGUUUAUAAUGUAUUUAACCAACGGAUGCACUUUAUGAUAAUUAAACUCUUUUGUGCCAAGUUCAA